UAUUUGAUUUAUCUUUGUCUUAUUUGGUGGGCCGCACAAACUUUGAUGUUAGAAAGGAAAACAUGAAAAGCCGCUCGUACGUAUUAAUGUGGAUGUGUUGCUCGUGAGGCUAUUAUCCUGUGAUAUGAAAUAUUUGUGAUUUGUAAAAUUAUAACGCUAAUUAGAUAAACAACUUCAUGAUGUCAUCACGUAAGUUGUCAUGUGGAAUGGACUUGUGUAGUGUUGCUGACAUGAGGAAGUCUUUGCAGUAUGCAUCGGACACUGGGUUUGACUUUGUCUGUUUGCCGAUUGUACAUCCAAGAUUCAAAAGAGAGUUUAUAAAGGGAAAGGCAAAGAAUCGUGAUGGAGCAUUCACCAGAUCAGAGUUGGUUCUGGUUAGCACAGAUUGGGUGAUGACUGUGGGCAAACUGUCGCCGUACAUCGACGUGGAUUGUGGACACGAGGUGACCCGGAAGUUGUCCGUGGAGGCCCUGAACCAGGAGCUGCAGUACGCCCACCACUUGGGCAUGCCCGCGGUCAUGCUGACGCUGCGUGGCGGUCAGCAGGUCAACCUGGCAAGGAUACUGCACAACAAGAUACAGGCGGGCUGCAUAUAUCAGAUAUGGUUACAUUUGAGAAUGGAGAGCACAGCAUCUUCGGUUCAACAGUACUAUUCUUCUGGAGUUUCAGAGGAUAGUUCUGCCGCCCCAUUUCGAGAAGACACGUGGGAAUGGUGGAAUGAGUUUCGGGGCUUAUGUAACUUCGAUAAGAAACUUGCAUUGGCUCUUGAGCUGACGCCAGACAUACCGUCCAAGGAAGAGGUUGACAGGUGGUUGGGGGAGCCCAUAAAGUGUCUCAUCGUGCCCACGUCCCUGUUUGUGGCUAACAAGAAGAACUUCCCGGUGCUGCUGAAGCCACACCAGUCUUUGCUGCGUUCGUUCGCCUCUCUCGAUGUCCAGGUGGUUGUGAAGGGUGCAGUCCAUUACAACAACGUCAUGUAUUACCAGCAGUACCUCGAUCACAUCUGGCAGCAACGAGACACCACUGGGGAUCCUUUACUUUCGUUUGCUCGAGGCUAUGAAGAUUUCCUUCAGUGUCCGUUACAACCUCUGAGUGAUAAUUUAGAAACACACACUUAUGAAGUGUUUGAGAAGGACCCAGUGAAAUACAAUGAGUACGAACGUGCUAUUUAUUGUGCACUAGUGGAUAGGAUACCGUAUGCUGAAAAAGACGAAAAGGAAUUUACAGUAAUGGUAGUGGGGGCAGGCAGGGGACCCCUAGUGCGUGCUGCAAUAUCUGCGGCCUACAAGGCUGAGAGGAGGAUCAAGGUGUAUGCAGUCGAGAAGAAUCCAAAUGCAGUUGUGAGUUUGCAGGCUCAAAAAGAGGAACUAUGGAAAGAUAAAGUAACCGUGGUGUCUUGCGACAUGAGGGAGUUUGAUCCUCCAGAGAAGGCAGACAUUCUUAUUUCAGAACUUCUCGGUUCCUUUGGUGACAACGAGCUCUCUCCUGAGUGCCUGGACGGGGCACAAAAAUUUCUUAAAGAUGAUGGAAUAAGUAUACCAAUGAGUUACACGUCGUACCUUUGUCCUAUUCAGUCUUCCAAGCUGUACAAUGAAGUUCGCUUGUCGAGAGAAAAGGACGAUCGGGAAAGGAAGUGUCCUGUUCAUCCAUUUGAGAUGCCAUAUGUUGUGUACCUUCAAAACAAGUACCAGUUGGCGGAAACACAGAAGCUGUUCACAUUUACCCAUCCAAACAGAGAUGAAAUAAUUGACAAUUCAAGGUACAAGUGCCUCAGUUUCAAGGUUUCACAGAAGAGCAUCCUCCAUGGAUUCUCAGGUUUUUUUGACACAAUUCUGUAUCAGAACACAAAUGUUUGUGUCAGUCUCAGCAUAUGUCCUGCAACCCACACUGAAGGAAUGUUCAGCUGGUUCCCUAUAUUAUUUCCAAUCAGGGAGCCUGUUCACCUUCAAGCUGGAGAUGAUAUAAAAGUUCAUUUCUGGCGAUUGUGUAACAAGAAGAAUGUGUGGUAUGAGUGGUGUGUUAGCAAACCUAUCCCCGGACCUAUCCACAAUCCUAAUGGAAGGUCGUAUACAAUUGGGCUGUGAAGAUUUCCUGAGACUUGUUAUGGGGUAACUCCGUAAUUGUUUGGCUUCGGUACAAAAUUUUUUUUAUAGUGAUCAUUCUUUAUCCCCAAAAUUGGUUUGGUUAAUGUGAUUAUGCUUCGCAUACCGUUUUUAACAAUAUUUAGACGAUACGUGUUUUUUAAAAAAUUGUAAUUGCACCUUUUAUAAAUUUUUGUUACCAAUAGUUAUUAGUAUAGUUUUCAUGAAUGUAGACACUAGACAGACAUGCCGAGCUUUAACAGUGAAUACUUUUUUUUGGAAGAGUUUUUCAAUGAAGCUUCAGCAAUUAAAGUUCAAUCAACUCCUGAUUAUCCACAGUGCGGAUAAAUCAAAACAUAGGUUGUCUUCGCAUUUCACAGAAUGAUUAAAAAUAUAUGUACUAAGUACACAACACCUUUGUUGAAGCACUUAACAGACACGGAAAAUUAUUUGAAAAAUACGUUAUAUUUGUUUGCUUCAGUGAAGCUGCUUCCUUUCUUAUUACAACGCAGACUUUUCGUGGCAUAAGCUUGUGUGCUAAGAGUGUCUCGUCCUCGUUUCCAAAUAAUGCAGCAGGUAUUGAGGGAAAUGUGCUUUUCUAGAAUUAUAAUUCUGAAUAAUCAUCACUUAAUAUUACAACCUGCUGAGUUUUUCAAAAUCAUUGGGAUGUUUGCUGGAGAAUUUUUCAAAACAACAUAUGUACUCUUCAACCUCAAUAUUUGGACAAUUUGCUAAGCAUUGUUGGCUUUUAUUAUGCUGCAUCAUAAAUUUUUUGUAACAGGAGAUUUUCUUUGGAAACAAAUUCUGAGAAACGUGUAAAAAAUUCAGUGGCUGCUUCAUUGUCACCACUUGAACGUUUCAUGUUGUAGGAUAGUUUCAUGCAUACUGUGCCACUGUUUGAAUUGCAUUAGCCAGUCUGAAGAUGUAUUAAAUUCUCUUGGUGAGCCCUUAUACUGUAAAAAAAAUGCUGUGUUUGUUUGGCACAUAUGGAGUCAGUCACCUGUGUUCCCUCCACUGGUUUCUGACUGAAUCAUUCCAACAUAGUCUUAUCCAGUUCAUUGUAGGUUGGUUGUUUUUCUUUUUUUUCUUUUUGUAAACCACUUGAAUCAGCAUUGCUUGCAUAGUUAAUAAGCUUCGUUUUGUUGCUCCUUAUAUCACUGAUCGUCAUGUUUCACCCACUCCAAUAAUUAUUAGAAGUUGUUUUGUUGAACAGCCUUCUUCACCCUUACUUAUUAUUUCCAGUUUUUGCUGGAUUGUUGGAACAACAUGUUAUGUUUCUCUGCCAUGUUUGUACUACACUACAAUUGCCAUGCUGAGAAAUCACUUCUCAACAACGGCACAGGCAAGGGCUGAAACGCUAAGGAGUAAAUACAGCAGUGGAGGGAAUGAAAUAAGCUGGCAUCGCGGCAUGCACUCCAAGGAUGCUGCAUUGCUAAGUUGUGCAUGCACUGCUUUGUGGUUUACAUAUAUCAGUGCUCAGAAAUGCAGAAAUUAGUAAUAUUGUGCUCCUAUAUAUAUUUAAAAAAAUACUGAAGAUUUGCUACAUUAGCAAUGCCUUAAUGUAUUAACAGUAUUUGUGACCCAAGGAUACAUAUAUAUAUGACUUAAGUGAAUACGUAUUAAAAAAUAUAUUUUUUGAAGAUGCAGCAGUUAAUCUGCAAUGAGGAUAACCCACCCUGGAAUAAUUCAGGAGUUGACUGUAAAAUGAUACUCAGAUAUACCUCAGUUGUCAACAAGGAAAGCCUUGAAGGUAAUAAUAGCAAUUUUGCAAGAGAGAGUUCAUAGUUUACAGUUUUUCAUAAUAAAGUUCAAGCCGUGCAAAAUAUUAUGUCUUGUAAUAAGCUUUAAAAAUGUAUUAACAAUACUUUUGACUUCAUGUUUUAACUGGUUUUAGGCCAGAGUUUGGUAUGAUGAUUUUGUUUAGGUUACAUAUGUAAGUACAACAUUCAUGCUAACUCAACAAAACCGAGUACUUUCAUUUUAUAUGAAAUGGAAUAUACUUUAGGACAGUGGAAGGCGUGACAAUGCAUACUUGAGAUAUUUUGACUGCCAGAAUGUGCUGCUCUGUUGAGUGAAGCUACAUGUGUUUCUGAACUAUAAUUUAGAGUGCAUAUGACCAUGUAUUUUGUAAUAUUAUUUCCAACUGGUAGUUUUUAUAGAGAUUCAGUAGCUUACAAACAUAAUAUAUUAGCAAACAGUGAAUGAAAUGCAGCCCUGAUACUGUGGAUACUUUGCACUUAUUUGUAGAGUUUUUUUUUUUUUUCCUGCAUGUGCUUAAUUAUUCCCUUUCGCGUUUCCUAUCAAAGUACUGUUUUUAUGCUUGUGUGACACACAGCAGAAAUGUUUACAUUUUACUUGAAAACAAUCAUGUCAUCAAUUUAAGAAUUGCAGAACAUAUGUUUUUAUUCAGAUGUUCAGUCAUCCAUUAGGAAAUAAUUUUUUAACCAUUCAAACCCUGACAUAACAAUUUUAAACUUUAUCACUUUAAUGCAGACUUUGGAAACGAGCAAGUCUGUUGAAAAACUGAUUCAUUGUGGAAUGUUUGGUUACUUUUAUUUGAGCAAUCCUUGGAGCAUUAAGAGCGGGAAAACAACAGAAUAACUCAAGUCAUUGUCACUAGUGCUUUAGUAACUGUUUUGAAUUUGUUUAUGCAGAAUGGUGCUAUCUCAAGAAGUGUUUAAAAAAAUUGUUUUAUCAGGUUAACCUAAAAAUAAUUAGAGAAAACUUUUUUGCUGGGUUGUGUUGUUUCAUUUUUUUUAUCCAGAUUUUAAUUCUAUAGGUAUUGAUUAGAACUUAAGAAGUCUUAUUUUUUUCGAGUUCUUCCCCUCCCCCCUCUUGUUUGUGUAACUUAAGUCAGUGAAAUAAGCUAUUGUAGCAAUUAACUUAGCCUUAUAUACCAUAUAUUUUCUGGAAUAUGCCAUGACUGAAAUCAUCCUCGUACCCCUAAUUAGAUCAUGAAAAAAAAAAAAGUUGUUUAGUUUAGCAUAUGAUACACUUUCUUCGACUUCCCUGUGGUGAGAAGGAUAGGGCUCGAAGUGCAGCGCUGCAAGGUCCCCAAAACGUUAACAUUUAUAAUGCCCCUGGCCCCGUCAGGAAGCACCAUGGACUCCAUUCCUGUAACUUGUGAUGGGGGAAACAAUUUACAAAACAAAAGUGCACUAAUAAUUUUUUUCCUGUGAUUUGAAAUAUCAUCAAUAAGGUAGAAUUAUUUAGUUAUUUAACAUUAAAUAAAACACUAUAAUAGAUAUGAAAUUUUUUUAAAUCUUAUUAUGAUUUUAUGUUUAGUCCAAACUUGGUCAAUCAUACAACACUAUAAAUCACCUUUAAAUUUUUUCCAAAGGAAAACCAUUUUUGCUAUAGGUAAUGACUCAAUAGUUACUUUUUUAGUGGUGUAAGAAACAUUUAUUUCGAUUUUCCUGAAAGUAAAUUAUAGUGAUGGGUCAAAUCCCAAUUUUCUUCAACUACCAAAGAGUAGCACGAAUAUACCCCUAGAAUACAAAUGUAGGUCUGAAGGGUCAAGAAUAAAUUAUGUCAAAAAAAAUUAACUAUUAAAAAAAUAUUAACUAGGUGUUUAAAAACAUUUGAUUGAACCUUUAAAUGUUUGUUUCACAAACUUAAGUUUCCAGAAUCAAUACAUAUUGUAAUUUUAUUUACAUAAAGUACAAUAUCAUUGGGAAUGGUAAGAGGAUAGGUAUGGUAAAAAAAAUUGAUCUAGUAAACUUCAGACGUUAUCAGUGUUGGAAUUUUUUAAUUUACUUUAUUUCCUCUUAAUAUUUUCCUUCAGACAUUUUUUCUCGAAUAUUAAAUCAUUCAAAUAGUAAGAAUUUUAUGGUUUUUGAGGAUUUUACUGGCCGUUCCUUGUAAAUUAUAAUACCUGUGGUAUUGUGGUAUCCACCUGCUCGGGACAGAGGGCUCUCUCAGUCACCGGUCCGUAAUGCCGCAGCACAGCGGAAGAGGCUUCUCUGGUGUGACUGGGCCUGAUGUAUGUGGGCGCAACCGAUGUGCUCGGACAGGGGGUGGUGGGCUGUGCUGCCCGGUCCAUUUGGCAGGGCUCCUCUCCUUGGCAGUAGGGUGUUAGUGGGGCGGAUAGGAGCAAGGAGGUAGUGUAAGAGAGGCAGCCAAUGCCUGGCAGACCAGACUCUCGGUGGUAUCGUGUGCUUAGCCUAGUCUCGUUUCCCCGGCAGACCAGUUUUGCUGGGUACUGGAACCAUCCAACGCUGCUGUAGUUUUGCGGCAAGGUGCGAGGGGCCAACCCACCCGGGACACAGCAGUUGUUACCUGUCUCUUCCUUUGGGGGAGGGAGGGGCACCGGUAAAGGAUCUGGCUGAGUGACAGGCAGUGUACAGUAAGACAGAAGAGAGGUAGAAUCCGUACCGAACAGAGAAGACGUUGAAUAUGUGGCGGGGUGUUAAUUGCUAUUAACAAUAACACACCUUCCCCCCUGGUUUGUCUCUGGGGCUUGCCCCACAUUGCCAACUUUCCUGAAUUCACGUUUGGUGGUGGACAUCUGGCAGCGAGGCAGGGGUCAGCUGGAACAAGUGUCUUGGGCAUGGAGGUGAUGUAGGGCUCUUAGCACUGGGAGUCUCAGCUUGCUCCCACCCGCUUGCGGGCCUAUACACGAUCUUGGCUGAGGGAGGGUUAGAGGGUGUAGAGCGAGCGUGAGGGCUUUGUUGGCAGUCUGUGCGUAAUGAGACACUGUUCACCCUUAAGGCACGAGAGAGAUAGCAAGCAGAUAGUUGUGCAUUGUGUUGCCAACCUCCAGGUGCCGGUAAUGUCCCGUGAUUGAAAUGUUGGCACGUGACAGCUUUCUUUAAUAAUAGUUAAUCUCUAGGCCUUUGCAAAUAUCAGUUUUUUAGUUCGAAUCAAAUAGGAAUAUCAAAUUAUUCUCGAUGACGAAUAUCAAAUUUGAAUAGUAGGAAUUAAAAGUUCCACAUAACAAAUACACAGUGAAAGAAAAAGUAAAUGUGUAGUGUCUUGUGAGUAAUUACACACAAUACUUAAGUGAAAGGCUGGUUAGGCUAAGUCAGAUACAAUAAUUAUAAGUAAAAUUUUUUUGAAAUCUUUAAAUUUUGAAAAUAAUUUAUAAAUAAUUAUUUUUCAUAGUAAUCAAGACAGGAUCUAAAAAAAGAUUUUAAUAAACAGUGUAAAGCAAAUGUAUAAGGUAAGGGCAGUAUGUGUGAAGAAACGUUUAGUGGAUGGGUUUAAAAAGAAUGUACAGUAAGCAGCUUUAACAUAAAGUUAAUAUGAUGUAGAUCGAAUAAACAAAGAAGGAAAAACAACUUCUGUGAUCCUGACAUUUUUCCAGAUUUUCAGGAUCCCGCACAGCCCUAUUCCUAAACGACUCAAUAUUCGUGUUUUCAAAGUGUUAGUAUUCAAAAUUGGAUCAAAUACGAAUAAUAAACUAUUUUUUUUCUAUAUUUGAACAUGUGAAUAAUUGCACAAGCCCAUUAAUAUCAAAUAUAAACUUUUUAGUCAAGUAUGUCUAGCCACUCCUUGUGCAUCUACUGUACUCUGAGUUUAUACUUAAUUUAGUAAUUCAUACCAAGCUGAGUUUAAACUAUAUAAAUUGUGAACAAGAGUACCUUUAUUCUCAGAUGUAUUCAUAGCAACUAUGAGACAAAUUAAUCUACCAGAAAAAUUUGUAUUUUGAAGAGAAAAUUUUAUUUAAGGUAUUGUUGUAUUUUCUGUGGCAAGAAUAUUGUCAUUUCUUGGAAUUAAUCAUGGUGCAAGCAAAAAAUAUAAAUUUGUUUAAGUGUUUGCUUUUUUUUUUUGUUUACUGGUUACAUGAGCUGAUAUUUAUUAUUUGUGUAUUUGUAAUUCAUUGUAUUGACUUAUGUACUGUAGGUGUUAUGCUUGUGCCAGUAUCAAAAAUCUAAUUGCCUGCAUUAAAAGUGAAGCAGUUAAUUUUUUGCAAGUUGCAAAUAUUUGGUAAAUUAAUUACACCAAAUAAUUGUGUUUUUAAGUGUACUUGCCUAAAUAUUAUAUGCAGUUGCAAAUUACUUUUCAUGUUCUUGAUUAUUGGUUAUAUAGUAUAUUAUUAAUAUUUAAUUCUUCAAUUUUUUUUAUCACUUAUUUCUUAUACCUACAUUUUCUACUAGCUGCACCAAAAGUAGUUUAGGAGACUUGAAACAAAUAAUGAUGUAUGUACUUUCUGGUUGUUUUAAAUAAAAUUGUUUCCAUUUGCAACCAGAAAAUUUUACACUUGAUAAGUGCAGAAAGCAAACACAGGAUGUCACAAGUCGUGAAAGUAAAAAAAAAGUCUAGAAAUAAACAAUAAUUGUGCUGGAAAGGCAAAAAAACUUCAAUUUCCAGCAUCCUUUUGCUAACUUGGUUAAGUUUUGUUUUUUGACGCCUUGCUUCAGUUUGUUGUCGCAUAUUAAAUAAAAAUAGUUGGAGACUGUCUGCUUAAAUCACGUGGGAAUUAUAUCUGAAGAGGUUCUAGUCUUCGGACUCAAAAAUUGGUACUUUUCUGCAAUUAGUAGGUAUAUUUUAUAUUAAAUUUACUCAUGUUUGAUUUUGGCUAUAACGUGUGUGUGUAUAUACAUAUAAUCUCCCUGUUACAUAAAAAGUUAAGUAAAAAUGUUAUGUAAAAGGUCCUGAAUGGUUCACAAGGUAUUUGUAGACACCCUGGGACAGGAAAGUUCAUUCUGUAGCUGAAAAUAAAAUUUCAAUUUAAUUUUUGAAUUUAUAUACUUUCUGGAUCUAUCGUAUAUAUUGUUUAUAAGUAAUUAAUGGUAUAUCAUGUUUGUGAAAUUUAUUUUUUAAACACUGAUUGUUUUCCCUAAAAUGUUUUUAAUGCAAAUUUUUUUAAAUUUUUAUGUUAGAAUUGUCUCAGCAAUAGUGUGCAUAUGUACUAUUAGGAGUUACAAAUUGUCUGGGUGAGUUUAAAAUGCAUUGAAAAAAUAUAGUAGUUGAAAAACAGUUUCAAUGCCAAGUAGUUUUUUUGACAUUUUUAAAGGAAUUUUUUUUAUCAAAAAAAUAUAUUCCCAUACUCAUUGAAGCAGUAGUAGGAUGUGCAUAUAAAUUUAUAAUUAUAUAUAUAUAUAUGAUACUGGUAAUUUCAUACAUACUACGUAAAAAUAUACUGCAAUAUCCACACACACUAAUUAUACCUGCUACUAAUUAUUUGAUUAAACAUGAUGGAAUAUGAAAAUGCCUAAUAUUUAUACCAUUUAACAGCAUAUUUUACAUUAUCUAUGUUAAUUGAUAAUAUUAUAACUUCUUUGCUUAUAGAAUUACAACAUGUUAAGUUUUUAACAUUUAUUUAGAGCAAUUGUCACAUGGAGAUUUUUUUUUUUCAGUUGGAGCCACUUUCGAAACUUUAAAGUCCUUUUUAUGUAAUUAUUUAAUGAUGUAGUGAAACAUAUAAAGUAACUUCUCAAAAAAUAUGUGCCCACAGAAUUUGUGUGUUGUGAAUAUGUUUGUAGGAUGCACAAUUACAAUUUUGUUUGCUGGACAUUUUGCUUAAAUUAUAUAAUUAAAACCAUGAUAGAUCACUAAUUCAUUUGAGAAAAUGUUUUUUUUCUUCUGUACUAAAAGCAUAAAUUGUUACAAAAAAAUAUGUAUAAUGCAUGUGUGUAUACAUAAUAUCCAUGUGUAUUUGGAGAGCCUUGGAAAUUAGCUACUGAAUUUUAUGGGUGCUGUUUCUGUGUAAACAAGCACUAAAGGAAGUUGUGUCAUGUGUUAGUUACAUAGACCAGUGACAAAACUUGUAUUUUUAUAACAACAGUAUGUACUAUUCUUCCCUUUUUUAUUUCCUAGCUUAGUUUUUUUGGGCAUUAAAGCAUUACAGGUUACAGACAAGACUGUUUUAAGACAAUACAUAGUUAUUCAAUGUUCAGUUACAGGUACCUAUUAUAUCAAUUUUUUUUCUAUGUGUUACAGUUUCAUAGUUUCAUUUUGUAGAAGUCUAUUUAAAGUAAUCCUCCAAACUACAGACUCACUAUUUUCACAGUUUUAUUUUAAUAGAGACAAUACAUGUACAUUUAUAUAAGUUAGAGAUGGUGCAGUAAAUUGUUUUUAGUUCUGUAGAGAACUUUUUUCUUUUACUUGCUUGAAGGACAUUUACUCUAAGUAUUUUAAGUGUGUCUAUAUGCUUGCUAGUAGCCAUUUUGAAAUACGAAGAAACAUGUAGAGUGAGCAAAUGGGGAUGAUAAUGAGGCAUGUUGAUGUUUACUGAAAGAAAAACCUUAUGUCAACUUUUUCCAGAUAAUUAUUGUGUAUUUCAGUUCAAGAUGCUGUAUAUUCAUGCUGCUCAUUCUUUAUUUUGUGUUAAAACUGCAUUUCAAUCAAUGUAAAUAUAUGUAAUUGAAAUAUGGCAUUAAGAAAAUGUUUCACAAUAUUUUAGUUGUUUUAACAAUAUUUACCGUUUAGAGUAAUUUUGGGUGCACCUUUUUAAGAGAUAAUAUGUACCUACCUGUAUGAUCAUAGAGUUUGUUUUUGUAAAUCAUUUCUUAAAGCAUACUCCUUUAUUAAUAUGGAUACAUUUACUUUUACAGCUUAAUGUAAGUAAAUGAAAGUGUCUUAGCUAGAAGAAAAUGUAUGACUGUAAUUAAUUUGAAAUAAUUGAUAGAUGGUCAAGUCUUGCAGUGUUUAUUUAAAUGUAUUUUUAACCUUAUAAUGGAAUGAAUUGCAAAUCAUUUAGUAGGUAUUAUGCUCAGACAAAAAUAAUGCAUACUGAUAUUAGUGCACACAUGAUUUUGAAAAUGCAUAAAAUCUGCUAUAAUAAUGUUCAAGUUAUUCAUGAAAUGGUUAAUCCUUUUCAUCUCAUUUAAGGAGGCUUGUCCCAUUCCAAGUUAUUUAAUAUUUAAGUUAACACUAUUUCAUUCUACUUAGCUUUUAAAAUGUUCUCAAUUUUGAAAUAUAAUUGAAAGCAUUGGUAAAAUUAAAUUUUUUAUGAAAUAAAUUUGAACCCUAUCAUAAACUAGGCACUAGCAUUGCCUUGAAAUCUAAAAUGUUUGUUUUGUAAGCCAUGUAAGUGCUGAAAAAACAUUGUAAAAGUUUACAUGUUUAACAGUAUUUAACAUAUAAAAAAAAAAUACCUGAAACUGGGGUAAACCUCUCAUGAUUUAAUAUAUUGGCUACCAAGAUGUGUGUUAUAUCAGUAAACAGCAUUCUAGAGAACUGGAACUGAGAAUUCGGUUAAACCAUUCAAAUGUUUGCAUAAGUAAUAAUAAAUUUUCUUAAUUUUUUUGCUCACAUCUUUGUGAAAACUCUUAUAAUGGCUAAUUAAUUCUAAGUACUUGUGAUUAAAAAAGUUCUCGGUGUGGUUGCAGUUGCGUCAAAAACUAUUGUAAAUUUCACUGGAAUGUUAAAGUUAACUUCUGCCUAAAACUGUGUUUCUUGUGUGAAUUGGGAUCAGUUUCAUCAUUAAAUAAAUGUUUGUGUAUGAUCAUAUAAAAUUAAUUUUAAACAUGAAGCUUAAUUGUUGUUUCACUCAAUUACAUAACAAACUUGUUAACUUUUUGUGUUUGUUUCAUUCAAAACUGAAUUUUCCUCAUAUGUAUGUAACUUUCUUGCAUCGUUUAAAAGCUUUUAAAAAUGUAUUAAAGGCAUUAGAUAUUAGGAUAUUA